UUUAUUUCUGUAGGAUUAGCCAUUUUAUUACUUGAGCAUGUUGAUUGGUGUUGAUCUUGUUACUAAAGAGAUGAGGCAUUUGCAAAGAAAAAGAAUCAGUACAGUGCUAAAUUUUCAUUGGAUUUUAUACUUUAUUCUGUGCGAACGCAAUGUGGCUUUGUAAGUUUGUGAAUAUUUAAGCUACGAGCUGCUCCCUUAUCUAUCCCGUCACGUGACUUGAGGGGUAAUAGAGUUGAAAGAAUACCAUCUUGUGUUAGUCCUUGUUAAAUGUUGGGGAUCGUUUAAGGAAAGAUGUAGAUCUGAUGUGUAAACGAAAUACAAACAAUUAAUAUUCAUGGGUGCUUCGAAGACUUGACGUACAGGGCAGAGUUGAUAGAGACGCUGGAAAGGAGGGUGUGUGAGGUGGUGUAGAGGAGGGUCACACUAUGGCAUCCUCCACUCCUGCUCUGACUCUCAUCAUUUUCCUUAUCUGCCUUGGGAUCACCUUUGGUCAAAAUGCCACAAAUACUUCAACAACUUCAGCUGUCGACAACAUUUCUACCACAGUGCCCGCACAGACAGCUUCAAGCACUGUCACAACAACACCUGUUGAUGUCACUACCUCUUCUGCCACUGUUGCCUUGACAGGCUGCCAGAUGGCAGCACCGUGCGAGCCUCUGGAGACUUCGACUUGUCUUGGCACCCCACUCCCCUAUGCACAGACCUCUUUGGUGCUAGUCAACGAUUCCUCCAACCAGACUGAGGCUCAGAUGAGACUGAAGCUGUGGAGCGGCCUGCAAAGUGUGCCGCAGUGCUGGGCUGUGGUUCAGCCGCUGCUGUGCGCGGUGUACAUGCCGCCGUGUAAUGGCAGCGUCAUCGAGCUUCCUUCCAAGGAUAUGUGUGAGAAGACGAGAGGACCGUGUAGGAUUGUGGAGACUGUGCAAGGGUGGCCGGAGUUUCUGAAGUGUGAGGGAGCGCAUUUUCAGUCUCAGUGUAAUUCUAAUCCUGUCUCAAACCUCAAUUUCAACACCAGCUCCACCUGCCAGGCGCCCCUGGUUGCCACGUCUAACAAGGACAGUUGGUACGAGGGGGUGGAUGGGUGUGGCCUACAGUGCCAGAACCCUCUGUUUACUGACGACGAACACAGGCAGGUCCACAUCUUCAUAGGUGUGGUGGGAUCUCUGUGUCUGGUGCUGACUCUCUUUGCUUUGCUGACAUUCAUAAUUGACUGGAAGAAUGCCAACCGCUACCCGGCGCUGAUCCUUUUCUUCAUCAACGCCUGUUUCUUUGUGGGCAGUAUUGGGUGGUUGGCCCAGUUUAUACCAGGUGCUAGACAGGAUAUCGUCUGCAAGGCUGAUGGAACCUUAAGAAGCGGGGAGCCAAAGAUAGGGUCAGGAGAAACUGCCUCAUGCACUUUCAUCUUUAUAUUCGUCUACUUUUCCAUGAUGGCUGGGGUCACAUGGUUUGUCAUCCUGGCAUAUUGCUGGCGUGUUACCUUCAAGUCUCUGGGCACUGCUCGUGAUCUGAUAGCAGGAAAGAUCGCCUACUUUCAUAUCUUUGCCUGGUCUUUUCCACUGGUGCUUACUAUCAUAUGUUUAGCUGUCACGGAGGUUGAUGGAGAUUCCCUGAGUGGAAUAUGUUUUGUUGGCUAUAUCAACCACUGGGUCAGAGGAGUCUUUGUAUUAAUGCCAAUAGGACUGGUAGUCACUGUGGGUCUGGUGUUUAUAUGUAUGGGCCUGGCCACACUGUGCAAACUCCGUAAAGAAAGUCCCGGAGUGGUCAGCAAUAAAGCUACAGCCAAAAUCAUGGAAACUAUAUUUAGAUUAGGUGUAUUUGCGGUGCUUUCCAUAGUCUUCUCAUUCAUCACAUUGAUAGUACACAUCUAUAUGUUUACUUGGGAGUCAACCUGGUAUGAGGCCUUCAAGGAAUAUACAGUGUGUAAAGCCACAUCAGAACUGACAGGGGAUAAGACGCAGUGUGAGCUGACCAGUCGUCCCAGUCUGGCCGCGGUACAGAUCCACAUCUUUGCCUACUUUGGUGCUGGUAUAGCCAUGAGUUCCUGGGUCUGGAAUAAAGCCACCCUGGAUGCUUGGAAGAGGUUCUUUAGAAGGGUAUUUCGUAUUGCUGACAACAAGCCAGUCAAGUUAAAGAAACACAAGAUGAUAGCUCAGGCGUUUGCUAAGAGGAGGGAUGUCAACAAUGGGCGCAUGUCCGUAAGCUUCUGCAGUACCCAUGAUGAUCCGUUGGGUAUGAAGUUUGACUUGAACAGUGUCACGUCAGCUGACAUGUCGUCACAGUGGGUCCAAGCCAUGCCUAACUUGGUGCGUCGCAGGGGAGGGAUGAUCCACCCCACAGCAGGUACCCUUCGCAGGUACUCAGACUCAGACAUUCAGUCUAUAGCAUCUAGGAGAUUGUCAAUAGACUCCCAAGUCAGUGUACAAAGAGACAAAGAAGAAACCAAGAAAAAGAAGAAAAAGCGCGGAAGAAAAAACAGAAUAGCGCCAGUGGCUCUUCCUCCCAGUUCGCGCCGCGGGAGUGACAGCCAGACCUGGGUUGGUAAGGGGCAACACCAGGAGGCGAGACGCGCCAGCGAUACCUCCGUCAUCACCAACGCCUCCGCCCACAGUAUUAAAGUCUCUAUGGAAAAACUGGCUAGUUCCAUAGAGAGUCUCCACAUGAUGUUGUGUGCUACCAAAGGGGAGGGACUGGGAAGAGGGAGGGAUAGUUUCAAGAGGGAGGGACCCCUUGGGAGUGGAGGGAAAAAAGGGACCAAAAAAGAAAUUUUGGGGGGACCAAGGACUCAGCCCCCUCCUGUGCCCCUAGCUACCUAUUCUCUUUUCACAGCCAGUGCCUACGUCCCACAGACGGUGGAAAUGGUCGAUCUCGAUGGCUCAGAGAAUUACGAGUUGGAUAUAGAAGAAGCAGUGGCGCCACCUGUCCAGCAACAAACACCAACCAAACAGGAGCGUGCCACACCCAUGUCAGCAGCGUCCAAGAGGAGUGGUCGAGAUAGUGGGCGCCACAGUCAGGUCCCAAGCGGUCACUCUUAUCCUACCGAUGUCGUUGUCCAUGUUGACAGUCGAACUGAUGACGAGAGAGAUGAAGGACUGGAGUCAUCCUCUUAGCUUAGCAAGGAAAGGCAUGAUGUGAUUCUUGAUCUGGGAUUAAAACUUAUAAGCUUGAGAUCAAUUUUGGGUGAUUGAUCAUGGCAUGACUGAGGACAGUUAUUUUGACUAGCAAAUGAUGUGCCUUUGGAGGAAUAAACAUAAUGGAAAGCAAUAAUUGAAAAGCAGAGAGGUUGACAGUCUUGUGACAAAAAUGCUGAAUUCCCAAUGUUUACCUGACAGCAAAGCAAUAUGUCUCAGCAGUGAAAAGAAAUAUAUACCAAUAGGACUGACUUCUACAGUGGGUAUAUUGCAAUACAGUAGUGUUUAAUGUUAAGGUUUUGUCCUUACAAUAAGUGUUUGUAGUUCAUUUGGUGGAACUGUUACUGUGUUCUGGAUUCUUAGCUCCAGUUACAGCAUAUUAGCAGCAUUCAUCGUAACUGUGUCAUUAAUAUCUGUCACAGUCUCCUCAUUAUUGAUGACCUUGACCCAAUUAUUGAUGUGUGUCAAGGUGACCUCGUGAUUAAUUUGUUGUCCCAGUUACAAAUAUAUGCCAAUGGUGUCCUCAUGGUGUCAAUGUGACCUGGUCAGCAGAUUUGUGUCUCUGACAUAGGUUUAUCAGGGGCGGAUUUAGGCCGUCUUCUGGGUCUUCCGGAAGACGGUCAGAUUUUCAAGUUUACAUUGAC